AGCCUCAAACAUGCACCUUGAAAGACUUUCUUUGUGCAAAUGGAGACUGUGUUUCAGCAAGAUUCUGGUGUGAUGGAGACUAUGACUGUGCAGAUGGCUCAGAUGAGAGGUAUUGUGAAACAGGCUGUUCAAGAGAUCAGUUCCAGUGUUCAAAUGGUCAGUGCAUAUCAGCAAAAUGGAAAUGUGAUGGUCACGAAGACUGCAAAUUUGGGGAUGAUGAGAAAAAUUGUGAACCAGCAUCUCCAACCUGCUCUUCAAGUGAGUACGUGUGUGCCAGUGGAGGCUGUAUUUCAGCAUCUCUGAAAUGUAACGGCGAGUAUGACUGUGCUGAUGGAUCUGAUGAGAUGGAUUGUGUAACAGAAUGUAAGGAAGAUCAGUUUCGAUGCCAAAAUAAGGCCUACUGCAUCCCUGUCAGAUGGCUUUGUGAUGGGAUCCAUGACUGUGUGGAUGGCAGUGAUGAAGAAAACUGUGACCAAGGGGGAAAUAUAUGUAGAGCUGAUGAAUUUUUGUGCAACAAUUCCCUCUGCAAACUACAUUUUUGGGUUUGUGAUGGUGAGGAUGACUGCGGAGAUAACUCUGAUGAAGUCGCAGAGAUGUGUGUAAAGUUCCCCUGCCCUCCAACAAGGCCAUACAGAUGUAGGAACAACAGGGUUUGUCUGCGACCUGAGCAGAUUUGCAAUGAGGUUGAUGACUGUGGUGAUAACUCGGAUGAAGAUCACUGCGAUAAAGUCACAUAUAAAGCAAGACCAUGUAAAAAAGAUGAGUUUGCUUGUCAUGAUAAAAAAUGUAUUCCAAUGGAGCUACAGUGCGAUUGGUUUGAUGACUGUGGAGAUGGCUCAGAUGAGCAAGACUGCAAAAUAAGUGUCUCAGACUAUACAUGUGAGGAUCAUGUGAAUCCUUGUGGAGAUGAUGCUUACUGUAAUCAAACAAAAACAUCCCUGCUGUGUCGGUGUAAACCUGGAUUUCAGAGAAACAAGUGGAAUAGACAGUGUGAAGAUAUCAAUGAGUGUAUGGUAUUUGGUGCCUGCUCCCAGCACUGCAAUAAUAUUAAAGGGUCAUACAAAUGUUCAUGUGAGAAAAAUUAUAAGGAGAAGAAUAACAGUUGCGUAGCAAAAGGCUCUGAAGAUCAAGUUCUCUAUGUUGCUAAUGACACUGACAUCCUGGGUUUUGCAUAUCCAUUCAACUACAGUGAUGUUCAUCAGCAAAUAUCACAUAUUGAACAUAAUUCAAGGAUAACUGGAAUGGAUGCCUAUUUUCAAGGAGACAUGAUUGUUUGGAGUACUCAAUUUAAUCCAGGAGGGAUUUUCUACAGAAAACUUCAUGAUGGAGAGAGAAGACAAAGUAGCAGUGGCUUGAUAUGUCCAGAAUUCAAAAGACCUAGGGGCAUUGCUGUUGACUGGGUUGCUGGAAAUGUUUACUGGACUGAUCAUUCCAGAAUGCAUUGGUUCAGCUACUACACAACUCACUGGACUAGUCUGAGAUACUCCAUCAACGUAGGUCAAUUGCAUGGACCUAACUGUACAAGACUCCUUACAAGCAUGGCAGGAGAACCAUAUGCCAUUGCUGUAAAUCCUAAAAAGGGGAUGAUGUACUGGACAGUUAUUGGGGAUCGCUCUCACAUAGAAGAAUCAUCUAUGGAUGGUACUCUGAGAAGGAUAUUGGUUCAAAAGAAUUUACAAAGACCUACAGGUCUCGUAGUGGAUCAGUUCAGUCAACGUUUGUUCUGGGCUGAUUUUGAACUAUCUGUUAUUGGCAGUGUACUUUUUGAUGGUUCCAAUUCAGUUGUGUCUGUGAGCACUAAACAAGGUUUACUGCAUCCACAUAGAAUUGAUGUUUUUGAGGACUACAUAUAUGGAGCAGGUCCUAAAAAUGGUGCAUUUAGAGUCCACAAAUUUGGCAGGAGCCUUGUGGAGUAUCUAAGUGUGGAUGUUGAUAAAGCGAAAAGCGCCCUGGUUUUACACCGCUACAAACAGAUGGACUUGCCUAAUCCAUGUUUGGACCUGACAUGUGAAUUCAUUUGUUUACUCAACCCUUCUGGUGCAACAUGUGCUUGUCCAGAAGGAAAAUCAUUGGUGAAUGGAACAUGCAUUGAUCAGAACCUCCUAGAUGAUACCUGUAAAUUGACCUGUGAAAAUGGAGGGAAGUGCAUUAUAAAUGAGAAGGGGGACCCCCGGUGCCACUGCUGGCCAAGUUACUCGGGUGAGAGGUGUGAAACCAACCACUGCUACAACUACUGCCAGAACGGGGGAACCUGCGGAGCCUCCCUCCUCGGGCGGCCGACCUGCAGCUGUGCGCUGGGCUUCACGGGACCCAACUGCAACCAGACAGUCUGCCACCACUCCUGCCAGAACGGAGGGACCUGCAGUGUCACUGCUGGGAACCAACCCUUCUGCAGCUGCUUGCCUGACUAUACAGGAGACAGAUGUCAGUAUUAUGUUUGCCACCAUUAUUGUGUGAAUUCAGAAUCAUGUACCAUUUCUGAGGAUGGAAGUGUGGAAUGUGUCUGUCCCACUCGAUUUGAAGGCCCGAAAUGUGAAGUGGACAAGUGCCUCAGAUGUCAUGGGGGACAUUGCAUAAUAAACAAGGACAGUAAUGACAUAGUAUGCAAUUGCACUAAUGGAAAGAUUGCCUCUACCUGCCAGUUGUGUGAUGGCUACUGUUACAAUGGUGGUACUUGUCAGCUGGACCCAGAGACAAAUAUACCUGCCUGUCUAUGUUCAGCCAACUGGUCAGGCACACAGUGUGAGAGGCCAGCUCCCAAAAGCAGCAAGUCUGACAAUAUCAGUACAAGAAGCAUUGCAAUCAUUGUUCCUCUUGUUUUGCUGGUGACUUUGAUCACUACCCUGGUAAUUGGACUGUUUCUUUGCAAAAGGAAACGAAGGACAAAAACUAUCAGAAGACAGCCCAUUGUAAAUGGAGGAAUCAAUGUAGAAAUUGGCAACCCAUCCUAUAACAUGUAUGAGGUGGGCCAUGACCACAGUGAAGGUGGGCUUUUAGCCUCAGAUUUUACCGUAAAUGCAGAAAAGGCCAGAUACAUAGGGGGAGGGCCCACUGCAUUCAAGCUUCCCCACACAGCUCCAUCAAUCUACUUAAACUCUGACUUGAAAGGACCACUAUCAACAGGGCCAACAAAUUAUGCCAAUCCAGUAUAUGCAAAGUUAUACAUGGAUGGACAAAACUGUCGGAACUCCUUAGCAAGUGUUGAUGAAAGAAGAGAACUCCUUCCAAAGAAAAUAGAUAUUGGGAUAAGGGAGACUGUGGCAUAACCUGCUGUUACCUUUUAUACUCUGUAUAAAUGUAUAAAAUAUAAGGAUUACUUUUCUAUGUACCAACAGUAUUAUAAUUGUUUUGGCAUCAGCAUUACCUCUGUUUUCUGUUCAGUUGAUUGUUUUCUGGGUUUUUCCUUUUGCUGAUGACUUUUGACUGACCAUUUGUAAGGUAUUUUUAUGAAAAAGAAACUGCACUACAGUACAAUUUACAACAAUGCUGCUGAAAUAACACACCUUUAAAUUUGUUAAAAUUGCAAACAACCUGUUCGUUUGUAGCGUGGAAAUGAGCAAUCUAUUUUCUAUGAACUUUUUUUGGUUCUCCUUAAUCGAUGAAGAUGGUAUCUGCACUUUUUCAUUCUGUAGUCUGGAAGCUGUAGUACAGUGUGUAAUUUUGUUUAUUUUAAAUGGUGAAAGAAUGAUUGAAUGGUCUACUCUCUUCUUUGUGCCCAUUAGAAUUUCUCUUCAGAUCCUGGUAAAGCUAGAUAACUUUUCACAAACAAACAUAACUUGCUUUU